UCUAAGGACUUAGUGGGAUUGGGAAGGAAUUUGUGGUGCACCAGUGAGAAAUUGAGAGUGUUUGAAUUUGGGGAUUUGGGAAAUGUACAGGAUGAACAGAGCUUCCGAUAGCCCCAAGCAGGAAAUGUGGCAUCUCUCCCCCACAGUGCACAGUAACAAUGAGGCACCUGCAUGGGGCAUCAACGGGAUCCCCCAACACCCAUCUUGAUGUAGAUGAUGGGGACUUGGGGGUAACAGCUUGAUGUAGGUCAGACUCUCACUAUGACUGGAGGGCACCUGGGGAACAAAAGGAAGAAUGGGGUGCCACCAUGGGGAUCCUCAAUCUGGUUGAGAGGGGGACACAUACGGUGUAAGAAUUUUAGGGUGUGUCCAAGAAGGUGAGUCCAGGGGUUUUGGUGUAUGUAUAUUUGGGACCCUCUGGGUUCAGAAAAUGAGGAUCCCCAUGGGUGGUGUUUGAGGGUCCCUUAGUUAGUUUGGAAGUGUUCAAGGUGUAGGGUUUGAAGGACUGUGGGUAGCAGAGAUUGGUUUUCUCAUGGAUCAGAAAUUGGGGAUCGCUACAGAUGCAGGUUGGAGGUCUCGUUGCUAGGUUCGGUGUGUCCAUGCAGCCUUUGGAGUGAAGAUUUGCAUUUGUGGGGUUCCAGUGAUGCAGAUUGUGGGUUCCAUACAUCUCGUUUCUUAUUGUGAGUUGCACAUAAUGUUAGGGUAAGCCGUAUGGGCAGGGAGUCUUUUGGGGUCCACAGGGGCAGGUAUUAAGGUUCUCUGGUAGGACAUGAGAGGGCCCGGCGGGGCAGGUUGGGAUGGAGGCUCCCCUGACCCAGACACGGACCUGGAACUGCAUGGCCUCGGGCAUUUGGGGAUGGGCGCUUGUAUCAACAAAGGGAGUGGAGCUGGAUGGGGGGUUCUGGGGUGCCCCAAGGUACAUGGAGCAGGGAUGAAUAGUAGAAGUAGUGGAGGCAAGGGAGAGUUCUGGGGAUGUAUACAGGAUACAAGAAAAGGUGGGGAAACUAGAGGGGACACAGAUGGGAUGAAAGCUGCCACCAGACACCAACCUGCAAGGGACACGGUCCUGGUCCCACACAGGGACCAAGAAAGUGUCACUGCUCUGUGUGUGUCAACCCAUUGGGGACCCACAGCACCACCACUUCCUGGGCACCGCAAAUAACAUUUGAGGAGGUGACAUCACAGCAUCCUGUUCACAAGAGGAUCUGUCAGCAGCUCUCCUGCCUCUUCCUGUGCCCACUGCAGUCUCGCUGUCCCCACGCUGCUCCUGCUUCAUGGCAACAAUGGCGCUGGCCCUCAUCCUGGGUGAGUGACAAUGGGGAUGUCGUGCCACAGGGGUUGGUGGCCCUCUGUGGGACCUGGACUAUGUCCCUUGCAGGUUGGUGUCUGGUGGCAGCGAUCAGGGCACAGCAGCUGCCCCGACCCUUCCUGUCACUGCACCCCAGGCAGGGGGUGUCCCUGGGGGACAAUGUCACCCUGCGGUGCCACCUGCCCCGGCUGGCUGCCCGGGUCUGGCUGUACCUGGAUGGAGGUUGGACAUACACCAAAGGCAAGGACAAGGAGCAGGACGUGGUCGAGUUCUUCUUUCUUAGCACAAAGCGGGGACACGCAGGUGCAUAUCAUUGCCAGUACCGGGAGCCUGAGUCAAAGGAGAAAUCGGAGAAGAGUGACCCCGUGGAGCUGGUGCUGACAGGUGAAGGUGUUGGGGACAGCAAAUGGCUCUGGGUACUCCCAACAGAGCCGUGUCGCAAUGUUGUCCCCUCCCCUCAUGCAGAUCCCAGCUUUCCACCACCUGGCAUCUCCCUUCAAUCAAAGGAACGUGUGGGGACAGGAACCAAUGUCACCAUCUAUAGAUUCUCUAUAGGGCUCCUCGUAUGUGACUCAAGGCCCCUCCAUAACCCCCACCUGCUCCACUCCACCUUAUGACACAGUUGCCCCCCCAUAAUGCCUGACACCGUGCAGUUCCAGGUCAUUGUCCGGGUCAGGGGACCCAAAUGUCAACCUGCCCCUUUGGGCCUCACCAAAGCCCACCAUGCAAACCCAAACCCUGUCCAGAAGACAAUAAAUUUCAGUAAAAUGAAAUCUGCAUUGUGGGGUAACGCCAGACACAAAACCUCAGCCCUCAGACACGCUCGAGCCCUCCAGGCUAUAAACAUGCCCCACAGCCCACGAAGAACCCACAUACCAAGUAGAAGGAACCCCAAAACCCACUCAUAUGGUACCCCAAUAUCUGACCCAUGCGGGUGACAGAUCUAAUCCCCUGUGGACCCACAAUCCCUAAACACUCCCACAACCUGUGGGCACACCCAAACCACAGCAGGACACCCAGAUAUCUCCCAUGGGAUCCCCAAAUCUCAGUCCCUCCCAAACUCCAGACCCACCCACUUGGACUCCGCCCUCAAAUACCCUCACCAUAGGUUCCCCUCCAAAGGAGGUUGGAGACCCCCACGGUGGCACCUCACUGUUCCUCUGUGUCUCCAGGUACCCCAGUGAUCAUGAGCAUCUGACCUGCACCAAGAUUCGUGCUGUGACCCCUUGUGCUUGGCCACCUGGGGCAGCUGCCACUGCUCAGCCCCCCAUUAACUACAGCAAAGUGGGCACUGGGGGACCACACUGAUAUCCCCACACCCACAAUGCCUCAUUUUUUAGGUGCACUGAAAUAGACAGACCCCAGAUUCCCCUGACUGGAGCUCCCUGAUACUCUGGUCCCCUCCCUUACACU